UGAACAAAUAUUAAAACACGGGGUAUGUCGUACGUAUUAAUGCGUGUUUCGAGUCUGUCCGUAUACGACAGAUUUUGUGAAAGCAAAAACUCAAUUAGAGGGCGCUUUAUUAUCUUGGGAAAAGCCACACUAGUUUUACAAUAAGUGCUAUGAAGUGUGCACCAGACGUUUCGUCGCUUGGAUUUCGUCUUAAGUAAAUAGCAACAGAGAAUACAUCUGGAGUACAAUAAGGUUUAAACAUGCAAGUACUCGAAUAGAGAAACACCCACAACCCUCUAAAGAAAUUAUUAGCGGACUUUCAUCUGAGCUGGGCGUUCUAAACUACUAUUAUUUUAGGUCGUCUAUUUUUUUACGCAUGGAUAAGCAGGUUAGAAAAUUGAUAGACGACUACUUUGAAGACUUCGGUUUAUUCGGCGGUAACACUCGACAGUCAACACGCUGCUAAUGGAACAAUCCGAACACUUUUUAUUCUUGAGGAGUCUGCUGAACACGAAUGCCUACUGGAUUUGAAGAUCAAAUGGUAACCCACUUCAAGCAAGAGGAGAAUAGUGGUGCAAAGAUCAGCUGCUUAUCCAAGGAGCUUGAGGCGUCGCGCCUGUUUUCUGCUUAUUUGCCCGGCUUCAGCGCCUAGGUGAAAGCGUCGCGUCGUACUGACAGUCCCGUUGCCAUGAGAGCACGGACGCCAAGUCUGUCAGAAGCGGGAAGCAGACCGGGAUAUGGCAUCUUAUGACAAAUGGUGCACCAAGGGUCCGUUGCAGAUGAGAGACAAACGCCACUUCCAACGUACGAAACGCAGAGAGCUACUUCAGUAUGCUUGACCGGGUGCUUAAUUAUUUCUUCCAAAACUUAACAAAUAAGAAUAAAGCCACCGAUGAUGGAGCCAUGUCAAACACAGAUGCUGAGCUCAACAUUGAGGACUUUAGGGUGCUUGAUAUUCUGGGCAAGGGGUCCUUUGCUUCCGUGCACAGAGCAAAAUGUCUGAGUACUGAUCAGGAAGUAGCAAUUAAAAUGAUUGACAAGGCAUUAAUGCACAAAAAGGGGAUGGUGCAGAGGGUCCGUAAUGAAGUAGAGAUUCAUUGCCAGUUGAAAGAUCCCUCCAUACUUGAAUUGUAUAGUUUUUUUGAAGAUGAGAAGUAUGUGUAUCUGGUCCUAGAAAUGUGUGAAAAUGGAGAGAUGACUCGGUAUCUAAAAAAGCGCAAAAAGCCUUUCUCUGAAGAUGAAGCUCGACAGUUUAUGCGUCAGAUUGUGAAAGGGAUGUCAUAUCUGCACGAUCAUGGUAUUUUGCAUCGGGAUCUUACACUUUCUAAUCUGCUACUUACCCGAAGUAUGAACAUCAAAAUUGCUGACUUUGGUCUUGCAACUCGGUUAAAGCUUCCUGAUGAGAAGCAUUUUACAAUGUGUGGGACGCCCAAUUACAUUUCUCCAGAAAUUGCAUCUUGUAAUGCUCAUGGCCUCGAAUCAGACUUGUGGUCUUUAGGAUGUAUGUUUUAUACUUUUCUUGUUGGAAAACCUCCUUUCGAAACAGAAACAGUGAGAAACACCCUAAAUAAAGUGGUGGUUGGUGACUAUAAAAUGCCCCAACAUGUAUCAAAAGAAGCUCAGAACUUAAUUUAUGAGCUACUUCGCAGAAAUCCUGUUGAUCGUAUCCCACUGUCUUCAGUACUAAACCAUCCUUUUAUGACCAAACCCUCUUCCAGGAUCAAAGACUCAGGAAUUGUAGAAUGCUCAAUAGACAGUGGCAUUGCCACCAUUUCUACUGGAUUUACUGCAACCAUCGGCUCAUCUUCAAAUUGUACAAGUGGACGCUUUUUUCAAAAAUCCAAGCAAUUUGUAGCACAGCCCCUACCUAACAGAAUGAAUUUAAUACCACUGUCAAAUGGUUCACGCAAUGAAGUAUUACAAGAUAAUAGUAAUGCCUUUCAUCAUGAACAGCAAUUACAGCAGGAAGAUAUAGUAAGAGACAGAAGUGGAAGAACUAUGGAAAAAUCGAAUGACAGGCCUCUUUCACGUUACCUCCGUAGAGCCCACUCCUCUGACAGAUGUGGCCCCCCUGGUAGCAAUAUGCAGGAUCAAGCAAGUAUUGGAAUGGAGAAUUGUCCCUCAGUUGGGGUUUCAUCUGAGUCUGAACGAUUACAGAUUUGUAGGAAUCAAGACAACUUCACCCGCAGCAAUUCCUAUGGUGAUAUUCCACAAGGUUUCAAAGAAAAUUCAUCUUGUACUGGUCAUCAUGGUAUACAUGGAAAAUCCCCUCCUGUCAAACAAAAGGCUAAUUCAGAGUUUGUCUAUCAUGGGAAUACAGUACUCCAGCCACAUAGACCAGAACCCAAUGCUGCUCAUCAUUGGUUUGCUAAAGCUCAGCCUCCUCAAGAUCAGUUUCACAAUCCAGUGCACGUCACAAACAAGAAUAUCUUGAGUGAAAGCUCUGACGAUGAAAAACAGCCACUUUCUGCACAAAAUCAGUUGUUUCUAAAAAUGUGGGGUGAUAAAGCAGCGAAAAUGGCCAAUGACUGUUUUCAUGAGGAAGUGCACACUGUGAGGCAAGUGAACCGAAGAGCGGAAGAUGUUACUACUAUGUCCAAAUCAGAAAAUUCCUGUCAAGCUCAGAUGGUAGAGCCACAUUUACGUGUUUCCAGAAAUGUGAAGCAUGAAAAAGAACAUUUAAAAGAUACUAUCUCUCCAUUAAAUGCCAAGAGAUUGAAACCUGUCAGACAAAAAGUAAAGGAUGCAAUGGUGAGCAUCCUUGAUACAGGUGAAGUCUGCAUGGAGUUUGUCAAAGGGCAAAGCUCACAGGAACGUGUCCGUGAAGUGGUGAAGAUAUCUUGUGAUGGAACUUUGAUCUCAAUUUACCAUCCUAAUGAGGGAAGAGGAUUUCCUCUUAAUGACAGGCCACCAUCUCCUCCAGAAGAUAUUGUGUUUUACAGCUUUGAUGAUUUACCAGAGAAAUACUGGAAGAAAUAUCAGUAUGCUUCUAGGAUUGUGCAGCUGUUGAAAACAAAAACUCCAAAAGUUACACUCUAUACAAAGCAUGCUAAGUUCAUUCUGAUGGAAAACUCUCCAGAUGCAAAUUUAGAAGCAUUUUUUUACAAUGGUACAAAGACGCUUAAGACAACAGAAUUCCUGAAGAUUAUAGAAAAGAACGGGCACUCUUACAUGUUUAAAAAAGAUACGGAAAUAAAGGACCUGAGUGGUGAACUCAGAACAUAUGUGGAGCUUUCUAAUACAGGUCACAGAAUGUGUUUGGCAUUAGAAGCCUCAGUAAUGGCAGAAGAGAGCAGAAGUGAAAAGAAUGUGGACUUCUUUCCAGUUGUUGUUGGAAGGCGACCAUCAGUUAUUCCUCCGUUAAGCAGUGCUUUACCAACAGCACAGGAAAUGAAAAGCUCAGGAAGACCUCCAUCAUUCGUACAUGAUAGUGCUUUGGGCAGCAGCAUGUCCUCUACCCAACAUCCCCAUAACAAUCCUUCGAUUAUUUCCUAUGAGAGUUCAGUAUUCACCACAGCUCACACUGCUAAAAGCCUUUCUCCUUGUACAAAGCAGGACGUGACUCAAGAUGUAAGCAAAGUGCUGAGGACCGUAUUCUUUUCAAAUAUUGGUUGGGCUUCCCAGCUGUCAAAUGGAAAUGUCUGGAUACAGUUUAAUGACGGUUCUCAGCUGAUGGUUCCAUUAGACAGUUCUUGUAUCACUUACACUACUCCUCAAGGUCAUGUAACAAGUUAUAAGCAAGACUUUAUUCCUAAAUAUUUGGAAGAAAAGGUCGGCUACAUAACCCCUGUCAUUGAACACCUGCUUAAUCGUACAAGCUAGCAUUAAUGUGAAUUUCUCCUUUGUUUACACCACUGCGCUCUUCAGUGUCAAAGAACUCUUCACACUUGAGUUAGUGGCCUGCAUUAUAAAGGAGAACUCUCUUUGUAAAUCUGUAUUAACACUAUAUAUAUUUCUAUGUAUGUAUGUUUGUAAAUAUUUCACAUGUAUAUUGUACAUUUCUUUCAAAUAAUGUAUAAGAAGAGGAAUUUUUUGUUAUUUUUUUAUGGUCCAUCAAGGGUAGAAGUUUUAAGUCUUCAACAGUUAUGAAAUGUUGGAUUAUUUAUUUUUUUAAAAAAACCUCUUAAUCAAGAAAUCCUGUUGUCUUUGUGCCACCAGCUCUGCUGGUCUUCAUUACAUCUGAGUUUUUAAUCACUGACUGAUAUAUUCAUUAAAAUAAUUGGCUCCUUAGUGUUAACUUCAUGUUAAUUAACUUUACAAGUGAAAAGCAAGCUACUUGAAUUCGAUGUUCAGUGAGUAAGACCUCCGGUGCAAUAAUGAUGAACAUACCAGAAAGUGGGUCUGAGCUUCCCUCCGCUCUACAUUUAUGUUUAUUACGCAUGAGUUCAUUUCUACAGCCUCGUGAGAAUAUACAGCUCAAAUUCCAAUAAACAUUGUCAACAAGU